AGCGACAUACGCUGGAGGUCAAUGUUCAACGUUCAGUAUUCAAUGUUGUCCUAGACGUUCCCAAGAUACAGCGAACCCCGAACCAUUCAACGCAACACUGAAACCAUAGAAUAGGGUCAGUACAUGCGCCCGGGACUAUACAGUUCUUCGGGAAUAGCCGAAGCCACUGCCGCAGAAACUUGAGUAUCGGCGACGUCGAGUGGAAAGUUAUUCAAUCCCCUCACGCCCUCACGAGUAGGUAAAGUUAAAAGCAUGAGCGGAAGCAAGCUCUCAGUGUCAAGCGUGCGGGGCUCUAUCAAGGAGUUGCUCGCCGAAGCCAAUGGCGAGAAAAAGCGCAACUUUGUUGAGACCAUCGAACUCCAGAUUGGUCUCAAGAACUAUGACCCCCAGAGGGACAAGCGUUUCUCUGGAACUGUCAAGUUGCCCAAUGUACCUCGCCCUCGCAUGUCCAUCUGCAUUCUCGCCGAUGCCGCCGACAUCGAUCGUGCUAAGCAGAUCGACCUCGAGUACAUGUCUGUUGACGAUUUGAAGAAGCUCAACAAGAACAAGAAGCUUGUCAAGAAGCUCGCAAAGAAGUACGAUGCCUUCCUUGCUUCUGAGACUCUCAUCAAGCAGAUCCCUCGUCUCCUCGGUCCUGGUCUCUCCAAGGCCGGAAAGUUCCCCACACCCGUCGCUCACGCUGAGGACUUGAGCAACAAGAUCACUGAGGUCCGCUCGACGAUCAAGUUCCAGCUUAAGAAGGUUCUCUGUUUGGGUGUUGCCGUUGGCCACAUUCAGAUGACCGAUGACCAGGUCCUCGGAAACGUCAUGCUUAGUAUGUCCAGUUUUAACUUGCUACAGAGGAUUAUAGUGACCUUUUUUUUUUGUUGCGCAGGCAUCAAUUUCCUCGUUUCCCUGCUGAAGAAGAACUGGCAGAACGUCAAGUCUCUACACAUCAAGACAACGAUGGGCAAGCCCGUCCGUCUCUUCUAAGCAGUUUGCCAAUUUCGCCAUGUCGUCACCUCGCCUAUACCUAUUUUAUGGCUCGUGAAAUGGUUUAGAGGGUUCCAACACACUAUUGUUAUCGUCGCAAAUAUGUUUUAGUCUCUUCAAUUUGACUGGGAAGACCUAGGGGCCGUAAUGCAAAACAUGAAGCCCCGCACGCUUGGACCAACGGCUUCAGAGAGGGCAGGGAGUCGAUUGGGAGCUGAUGCGGUUCCUAGGUUUUUUUCUGGUCCGGUGGAGGAAGCUGGAUUAUUUUGUAUUUGUUCGACGAUUACUUCCUUUGGUGACCUUGGCUACAUGCAUCUAUGUACUAAUGAUCAUGAUAUAUUGUAUGGCAUAAUGCAGUGUGUAGUCUACGGCUUCUUCGAUUGCAACAUGCGUGUUCGCAGAAACGAACUGAAAUUGUGCAAACGCAUGCGCAGCCACUUGGAUUU